AUGGCCCCAUUCAAGCAUCGAGUGCAAUUGGGAAGCCAACCCGAAGUGGGCGAAUUGGUUGAGGUCGCUGGCGGAUCUGUUUUCCACGGUGACAUUGUCGUCGGCGCCGAUGGCAUUCACAGCAAAGUCCGGCAGGAGAUGCAGCGAAUUACCUCUGAAGACACUUCUUGGAACGAUCUGUUCUGCGAUGAUGAGGAUGAGGUUUCCAUUGCUAUUGGAUCUACUGACCGGCGAGUGGGUCUCGCCUUCUGGCCGGCAUUUUCGUCGUAUAGGCUCGAUCUUCGGAUUUAUUCGGUCUAG